UUUGAUUUGCAGUGACGUCACGUACUCACUCAUACUCGGAGAUCCCCACAACCAUUCUGUUAUUGUUGUCUGCGUCUGAACGGUUGCGGCGCAAUUAAUUAAAGGACUUGAAACGCCUAAGAGACCUAUUUAGUCACUUUAUAGCCUGCGAAUAUUCUAGGAUGUUCGCCAGAAAGAAGCCAGAGCCAGCAAAGCGAAGGCAGCACGAUUUGUCGCAGUUUGGACUUACGGAAAUCCCAGAUGACUUCGAUCCCAGCGCUGGAUACGGGGACGACGAUGGGGGCGACAGCGAUCUGGAAGCGGAGCUGGCGGCCAUUGCCGGGGGAGGUGGAGCCAGACCGAAACCCAAACCCAAGGCGAAGCUGCUCCCCGCCAGCGACUUGGACAAAAUGAUUGCCGACAGCUUGCGCGAUGUCAGCGACGAUGAUGAUGAUGACAAUCUGGAAAACGACUCAGAACUACUGGGCGAGCUGAGCGGAAUUGGUGGCGCAGAAGAGGUGGAGGAAGAGGAGCCUGCAGGCGAACCACCAGCCGUGAACGAGGAGCCCGUUCAAACCUUCCUGCCCACCACCACUGUGGACACAUUAGGCAUUAUCAAGCAGCGCCUGGAGAUGUACAAGCUGGCCGAGGCGAGUGCCAAGACUGCUGGCGAUGCGGGCAAGGCAAGGCGGUUUGGAAGGGGCCUGAAGACCCUGCAGGAUCUACAUAGGCAGGCAACAGCCGGCAAGUCUAUCAACGUGGAUGAUAUUCCUCCGGAAGUUAGUGUAAAGACAGCUGGCGGGCAGGGUACUCCAGUGGCUGCAGAGGAAUCACCAGCUCCUUCGACUCCUGCUUCGCCUCCCCCUGUACCAAGUCGUGCAGCUCCCGCUCCACCGACUCCCUCUUCGCCAGUGGCACCCACCACGCCUCCGAAUCCCCUCGUGGCACACAUGCGCAGCCGCCAGAUCGAAUACAAGGCUGCUGCAUUGCAAUCCAAGCGCAGUGGUGACACGGCUACUGCCCUUCAGUUCCUUAAGGUGGUAAAACAGUUCGAUGUCGUGGUGAAGAUGUGUGAGGACGGACAGGAAGUUGACCUCAGCGAUAUGCCGCCUCCGCCAGCCGAGUUCUUGGAAUUUCUCAAAAAAAUGCAAGGAGGAGCAGCUCCGGAAGUUGUCGCAGAGCCCACUCCUGCGCCAGCGCCUGCACCUGUUGCUCCUGCACCCGCUCCAUCUACUGCUGCAAACAUGACGGAGGCGCUGCAGCAACGUUUAGAGAAAUACCAAUCCGUUGAAGCGGCAGCCAAGGCAGAAAACAAUACAGGAAAGGCAAGACGCUUUGGAAGGAUUGUGAAGCAAUACGAAGAUGCCAUUAAGUUGUACAAGGCGGGCAAACCUGUGCCUUACGAUGAACUGCCUGUGCCACCCGGAUUUGGCCCCCUGCCCACGGGGGAUCCUACCACGGCUACACCGGCACCAUCGCUUCCCACUUCCCCUACAUCGCCUCCUGCAACGACGAGUACUUUCGCCGGAGGAACUCCAUCUGGUUCCAGUGCAUCAACGCCCACAGCUCCUCGUAAAGCGCCCUCACCUCCCCAAGCCAAGGAGCUGACCACACGCACGUCUGGCAAUCAGCAGAAGAACAACCUUGCCGAACAGCAGAUGAAGCUGCUCCUCGAGCGCCAAAAGGAGUUUAAGCUGGCUGCCAUAGAGGCUAAAAAAGCCGGAGAGAUCGACCAGGCCAAGGAGUACCUCAAGAUAUACAAGGGAUUCGAUUCGCUCCUUAAUGCUGCCAGUAGUGGACUGCCAGUCGAUCUCAGCACACUUCCAGUGCCACCCUCCCAAAGGGACAAUCUGGAAGCAUCCUUUGCAAUAGUGUCCGCUGAAGAAUGCGAUCCGAGUGAUGACAUCUGCGAGAUUGGUGUUCGCAUGGAGGAACAGCUGGCCAAGCAGCUGAUGAUGUGCAAAAAUACCCGAGAUCAUCACAAGGCCAUGGGGGAUGUGGCAGGCAUGAAUCGUUUCGAAAAUUUGGCUCUAACAGUCCAGAAGGAUUUGGACUUAGUGCGAUACUCCAAACGAAAGAAUGAGACACUGCCAAAGUUCCACUAUGAGAAGCGUAGUUUUAACAUUGUACAUUGCAAUACAGACCUUACGGACUGUGAGCUGGAAAUUGUUGUGGUUCGGGGAAUCAACUAUAAUGUUGCCAAUCCCAAGGAUGUAGACACCUAUGUCCGCGUAGAGUUCCCCUUAUUAAAUGAUGAAUCUUUUAAGAAUAAAACCAAUGUUAUUAGAGACACCAGCAGCCCUGACUACGAUGAACGCUUUAAGGUCGACAUUCAGCGAGCCAAUCGCCAGUUCCAGAGAAUCUUUAAGCGCCAUGGCGUCAAAUUUGAAAUAUUUUCCAGAGGCUGCAGUAUAGAUUGUUGUGGACUAAGUCGUAAACUGCCCCUAUGUUGUUUCAGAGGGUUCCUGCGAUCGGAUACGUUGAUUGGAACCGUAAAUGUUAAAUUGCAGCCGCUGGAGACCAAGUGUGAUAUACACGAUACCUAUGAUCUAAUGGAUGGCCGUAAGCAAGUGGGAGGCAAACUGGAGGUUAAAGUACGCGUUCGCAAUCCCAUUCUUACCAAGCAAAUGGAGCACAUCAACGAAAAGUGGCUGGUCCUGGACGCCUAGGGCUGAACACGACAUAGAUCAUUAGUAAUUUGCUUAAAGCAAAGAAAACAAUCUAUUGCUUUCUUUGAGUACGUCUCUUGGCAGGUGUUCUCGAUUAAGUUACUAAUUUAUUCCUUUGUAAAUAUCCCUCACAGGGAACUAAAUAUAUCUUUAUGCGCUUUA